AUCAAGCACCUAGGCAUGCAGACUGCUUCUAAAAACAUUUGUGAAAGAAUGGCUCACUCAGGAGCUCAGUGAAUUUAAGCGUUGGUACCGUGAUAGGUUGCCACCUGGACCUGUAAGUCCAUCCGUGAAAUUUCCUUGCUACUAAAUAUUCCAUGGUCAACUGUUAGUAGUAUUAUAACAAAGUGGAAGCAACUGGGAACAACAGCAACUCAGCCAUGAAGUUGUAGGCCACGUAAAAUGACAGAGCAGGGUCAGCAUAUGCAGAAGCGCACAUUGUGCAGAAGUCGUCAACUGUCUGCAGAAUCAAUAACUAAAGACCUCCAAACUUUGUGUGGCCUUCAGAUUAACACAACAAUAGUGUGUAGACAGCUUAAUGGAAAGGGUUUCCAUGGCCAAGCAGCUGCAUCCAUUUGCAUUGCACUUACAUCAUCAAGUGUAAAUGGAAAUCAUUGGAUCAAGUGGUGUAAAGCACUCUGCCACUGGACUCUAGAGCAGUACUUGUCUGACUGCAUUGUGCCAAGUGUAAAGUUU